UCACGUAGCGGUACGCUACGGGCAGAUGUCGGUAUGAGGAAGCUGAUAGUCUGUGUCUGUGGCAGUUAGCGAUCGGUCUCUCUGCAUAACGAGCACCAGAGACGUUCAUUAUCAUUUAUCAGCCUCAGCUUGACUGUAUUUGGUGCCGUGUGCGUCCUAUAGGAGUGGGUAACGAUCGCUUUACACUGUUUUCAGUUUGUAGUUGUUUUGUUAGUUGUGACGCAGUUAUGAAGCGAGAUAUGCUACAUGAUAAUGAUAAACCACACACAUCCACAAAACCUGUACUCAUAUGCCCUGCAUAUCUCUACAAUCAUACAAUAAAGCUCCUGUCCGUUGAUAAUCAUCCAGUCUGUCGUGAGUCAAACCAACUGCAGUAAAGAUUGCACGGCAGAUAGCCUGUACAUUUGAUUCCCUCUGGAAGAAUAUAACUCACUCAUGAUUCAGCCUCUCCAUCUCUAUGCGCUCGGCUGCUGUCAUUACAGAGACUGAACAGAGCUAAGAAUAUUCAUCUCAUCUGAGCACUAUAAAGCGGCCCGUUGACUGAUCACAAUACCCAAACCUCUCUCACUGUAACCAAGCUCAUCUUUCAGUAUCCUGACAUCCAACCACUAACUGAAGUGUAUGUAAAGGCUGUCUUCCCUCACUACUGUUGAUUAUCAUACUUUAUGAUCAUUAAAGCUGUUGAAACUGAUACUCCCCUCUGUGUGUUCUGACCGACACACCUGGUUCACUACGAUACCUUACUAGCCCUAAUAAUUCAGAUAAUGGCAGGAAGGGGCAGAGGGCACCGCACUUUCUCUGUGGAGAUUGUUGGAAUCGGUAAAGGAGAAAAUCUCCCUCCAUCCUCCAUCCAGCCGACCCCUCUAUUCCCUCCCUUGGACCAGAAGCCGGUGCCCCUGCAGGCGGGUGAGGAGGCCGAGUACAUGCUGGCACUCAAACAGGAGUUCAGAGGAGCCAUGAAGACGCUCCCGUUUUACAUCCGUCCCGCUGCACCCAAAAAAGAUGUGGAGCGUUAUUCUGACAAAUACCAAAAAAUUGAAACCUCUGACUGGAAACCAGAUUGGAGGCGUUUUCCGAAGGAGCUGCGUGUGAGGGAGAAGAGACCCCUGAGAGACAAAAGCCCAGCUGUUCCCAAACAAACCAAACAGCCACGAGUGAACAAAGAGGAGAUCAUACGCAAACUGGAGACUCUGGAGCAGAAAGAGGAAGAGGGGAGUUCUGAUGAAGAGGAGGGAGAGAAAAAGAAGCCAGAAGAGCAAGAGGCUGAGGGAGAGGAGGAGUAUGAUGAAGAGGAAUUUGAGGAUGAAACAGAUUACAUCAUGUCCUACUUUGACAAUGGGGAGGAGUUUGGAGGAGACAGUGAUGAAAAUAUAGAUGAAGCUGUUUACUGAAGCAGGUGAUGGCGGCUCCAUAGCGUCCUCCUCUGGCCAGUGAGUGUCUCUGAAACCGGUCUGUCCCUCAGGAACGUUCUGGGCUGGAUCAUUAUGUUUGGCAGCUGAUGUUGAAAUCUGUAUGCAGUGGAUUUCCUCUCAUCCGAUCGGUUGGCAGGGCGGCUGAUUGCUGACGAAGAGCGUUUGAAUCUGAGAGCCAUGGCUGGAGGACACAGAGAAAGACACUGAGGCACAAACUUCUCCCUUAAUGCAGCUAUACGUUCUUAGAACUUUGUAAAUGAUUAUUAGUUCAUAACUGAAAUUAUUUUUUUAGAAUCUUACUUUUAAAACAUGUUUUAGUGUACGUUUUAGACCGUUGUAUUUGUCUAAAAUAGCUUUUAUACAUCUUAGAUUUGUGAAAAAAGACCAGUAAAUGUUUAUUUUAGAUGAUAAUUACAUAUUUUAUAAAUUCUCAUGUCAAGUAGUUGUAAAUAUUUAUGUUAUUGCCAUUUUAUGCAAUAAAGUCACACUGUGUCAAGACUUUGUCUCAUAGAUAGAUAGAUAGAUUGAUUGAUUGACAGUUCUGUCAUGUGGCCUGUAGGGGGUGUGAUACUACAUUAAAGUACUUA